AUGUACAAACUACAAGGUCAAUUUUGUGUCCAAUCUUUUGAAAAGCUUUUCUAUUUGUUUAAUUAAUUUGCCUCUCUAACGAAUUGUAAUUCUAAAAGCUGUGGUAAUUUAUGGUUCUUGUAUUAAAUAUACGUUAACCUAAUUUCGUAAACUGUAAAGUUAAAGAAAACAAUAUACAUUAUUACUAUUUGUUUUGUAAGUGUAGCGUAAAUACAUAAUAGAGUUCCCAGUGACAGUUGCCUGCAUGCAGCUUGGCUCCGAGCCCUCGCACACAAGAGCAUCACCUGCCCGACCCUGCUGGCGUCUGCUCUCAGGACUUUACACGUGACAACUUUUAUGCAACCAUGAGUUGUGUAAAGCAGAUUCACUCCGAUGCUAUUCCUUCAACAGUGCAGAUGUGCAUGAUAUGCCUGGACACUGACAGCAAGCUGUCUCUAAUGAGUAAACACAAGUUGGAGGAGGCAUAUGAACAGAUAACUGGACUGUCUUUGUUUCAGUUGUGUCGUGGAGGAAACCUGAAGCAAACACUCUGUGUGCUGUGUGCUCAGAGAUUGAUUAACUUCAGUAGAUUUAGAGACUUGUGCUUGAGAGCCCAUUCACUGAUGACAGACUUACUUGCACAAGAUGAAUUAAUUACAAUAAAACAUAUAGAAUUGAUGAACUGCACAACAAAACAUCUGAAGUUUAAUUUGACACAAACCACAUUAGCAGCUGAUCACUGUGACUUGUACAUUGAUCACACUGAUGAAGAGGAACAGACAGCAGCAGAGGAAUCUGUAGUGGGAGAUGUUGCAACAGUUAUGGUAAAGACUGAAGACAGUUCUGACUCCAUGUCAAGUGCUGAUAAUUUGGUAGAUGAAGAUAACAGUCAGAGAGACAAUACCAACAAUGUCUGUGAAUCUGACGACGAAUCUGACAUCAGCAUAAAGUUGGAAACGCAUCUUCUGGAUGAAGCAUUAAGUGAGUUCCAGAGUUCCAUAAAUUGCCUCAAAUUCGCUUCACUGUCUGCGAGACUUGCAACAGGCAACAAGAACCAAGUGCAAACAACUGAAGAAGCAACUGUGAUCCAGAAAAGUGAACAAGUCUUUGAAACUAACACUAGCGAACUGGACAACCGAUCAUCUCAGAGCGGCACCAAAGUAUACACAGAUUUAAAUAGAUUCACAAACUGUGUAGUACAGUUGUAUGAUAUUUUCAAGAAACCUGAGAAAACUGUGCCAGAUGAGAAUCGACGAACCACAGUCUACACUAAAAGCAGUUUAGUUAACCACAAAAGAACCCACAGUGGUGAGAAGUCUUAUUCUUGUGAUAUAUGCAACUAUAAAUGUGUAACUAAAAGCAGUUUAGUUAGCCACAAAACAACCCACAGUGGUGAAAAACCUUAUUGUUGUGAGAUAUGCAAUUUUAAAUGUGCACAAAAGAGACUUUUAGUCAGGCAUAUAAGAACCCACACUGGUUUGAAACCUUAUUGUUGUGAGAUAUGCAACUAUAAAUGUAUAACUAAAAGCUGUUUAGUGAGGCACAUAAGAACCCACAGUGGUGAAAAACCUUAUUGUUGUGAGAUAUGCAAUUUUAAAUGUGCACAAAAGAGACUUUUAGUCAGGCAUAUAAGAACCCACACUGGUUUGAAGCCUUAUUCUUGUAAGGUGUGUAAUUAUAAAUGUGCACAAAAAGGAAAUUUAGUUAGGCACUUGAGAACCCACACAGGUGAAAAGCCUUAUUCUUGUGAUAUAUGCAAUUAUAAGUGUGCAACUACAGGCACUUUACUUAACCACAAGAGAACCCACAGUGGUGAAAAGUCUUACUGUUGCGAGAUAUGCAAUUAUAAAUGUGCACGAAAAGGCAAUUUAAUAACGCACAUAAGAAACCACUCUGGUGAAAAGCCUUAUUCUUGUGAGAUGUGUAAUUAUAAAUGUGCAUAUAUAUACUAUUUAGCGCGACAUGUUAAGAUCCACACUGGCGAAAAGCCCUAUUCUUGUGAGGUAUGCAAUUAUAAAUUUGCAACUAAAGGCCAUUUAACUAAACACAAAAGAACCCACACUGGUGAAAAGCCUUACUCUUGUGAGAUAUGUAAUUAUAAAUGUGCUCAGAAGGAUGGUUUAAGAUCUCACAUGAGAACCCAUACUGGCGAAAAGCCUUACUCUUGUGACAUAUGCAUUUAUAAAUGUGCAACUCAAAGCAGUUUAGUAAGGCACAAAAGUACUCACAGUAAUGAAAAGCCCUAUAGAUGUGAGGUAUGCAAUUUUAAAUGUGGACAUAAAACAAAUUUAACCAAGCACAGAAGAACCCACACUGGUGAGAAACCUUAUUCUUGUGAGGUAUGCAAUUACAAGUGUGCACGGAAGAGUGAUUUAGUUAGGCACAUGAGAACCCAUACUUCUGACAAGCCUUAUACUUGUGAGGUAUGCAAUCUUAAAUUUGCACAUAAAAGUAAUUUAUUGAGGCACAUGAGAACCCACGCUGUCGCAAAAUCGUUGUAACAUCACUUACCAUCAGGUGAGGUUAACUUGUAAAGAAUGAAAAACGAAGUUCUGCCAUAAGAGAACUCAUAAUAUCAUAUUACUAGUAGAAACCCUCGUGAUAAAAAUAUGCAGAUACUGAUUUGCUUGUACACAUGAGAACUGACUCUAGUACCAAGUCACAACAAUACAAUUGAUGAUGAAUUUUCAUCAUCAUCAUCAUUAUCAACCCAUAUUCGGCUCACUGCUGAACUCGAGUCUCCUCUUAGAAUAAGAGCUGACUUCACACACGCAGAGAAUUAAAAAAAUUCUCUGGUAUGCAGGUUUCCUCACGAUGUUUUUCCUUCACCGUUUGAUAUUUAAUUUCUUAAAAUGCACACAACUGAAAAGUUGGAGGUGCAUGCCCCGGACCGGAUUCGAACCCACACCCUCCGGAAUCGGAGGCAGAGGUCAUAUCCACUGGGCUAUCACGGCUCAUCAUAAUGAAUUAUCACAAAAAUAUAAUUCUACGAAACAGAUUGACUGCCAUUAAAUGAACUUGAUUUUUUUUGUAUUAUUAUAUACAGGGUGUCCCGUAAUUAUUUAUUCCCUAUUAUUAGGAUCCUUGGCAAGUAAUAAAAAUAAAAUAAAUAAAUAAAUAAGCCUUUUAUUUUGACCUUUUUAACAAAAUCUUAUACUAUUAAUUCAAAAUAUUACAGAAAUUUAAAUAAUUAUAUAUUUUACUGGCUAACGGCGCGUGGUUCCUGUUCCCGUAGGAAUAUGAGGAUAAUAUAUAGCCUAUAGCCUUCUUCGAUAAAUGGACUAUCUAACACUGAAAGGAUUUUUCAAAUCGGACCAGUAGUUUAUGAGAUUGGCGUGUUCAAUAAAACAAACAUACAAA